GGAAAUGCCGGAAAAAAGCCAACAGUAUCUCCACAACUUUCACAACUAUUUGGAAAAUCGCGUGAAUUUAUUAACUCAUACCUUCCAUCCAAAAAUACCAAUUGAAAAAGUACGUCGGUCAGUUCCGAAUGACGUCAAAUUACGUGUUCUACAGAAUCAAAGAUUUAACGACUACCUCGAUAAGAUAUCUACAGACAAAGAUGAUCGAAAGAAGAAAGUUUUUGCAGCACUUCAGAUUUUAUCAGAAAUGGCAUUUGAUAGGAAUAUGAUUGUCAUCAGGACAUUGGGAUCAAUUAUUGAAAAAUUAAUGGGACAACUUUAUUCUGCCGUUCAUAUUAAUCAGAACUCUAUAAAAAAUCUAAAAGAAUCGAUGGGAAAUCAACAGAUAAUUUAUUUACCAUGUCAUCGCUCAUAUGUAGACUUUAUGCUUAUGUCAUUUAUAUGCUUUAUUAAUAAUAUUGAAAUACCAAGUAUUGCAGCUGGAAUGGAUUUUUAUAAUAUGAAGGUUUUGGGGGAACUGAUGAGAAAAACUGGAGCAUUUUAUAUGCGACGAACAUUUGGUGAUGAAUUCUAUUGGAAUAUUUUCAAGGAAUAUAUGCACGAGAUCAUAACUUAUAAUGAUUUUGGAUUGGAAUUUUUUGUUGAAGGCACGCGAAGUCGCACGUGUAAAGCAUUAUGGCCAAAAUUGGGAUUAUUGUCGAUGAGUUUAGAGCCAUAUUUUAUGGGUGAGGUACAUGAUUUAAAAGUUGUGCCUGUAUCAAUCAGUUAUGAAAAGGUUUUGGAAGAACAACUUUUUGUUUAUGAACUUUUGGGAAUUCCAAAGCCAAAAGAAUCGACAAAAGGUUUUUUCAAAGCUAUUACGUCCUUGAAAAGUAAAAGUUAUGGCAACAUGUUUUUUGAUUUUGGGGAACCGAUUUCCUUAAACAGUUUUUAUGGAAGUGAUGUUAAAAAAUUCAAUCAUUCAUCAGAACCUGCUCAUAUACAGAAAAUGAGCGCUGAUGAGAUUCAAUUGACGACAGAUUUAGCUCAACAUGUUCUCAAGCAGCAACAAAAUAAAAUAGUCAUUAUGGCUUAUAACUUGAUUGCUCUGAUUUAUUGUGAAAGGAUUCACACAAAUUCUAUUGAAUCUCUAACAUUUAUGGAACUAGAAAGAGAAGUUUUAAAAUUGGCAGCUUUUUUUGAGGAACUUGGAGCAAUUGUUGGUUUCGAUGACAAAGAUCCAGCUAAGAAUAUUCGAGAGACUAUGGCAUUACAUGAUAAUGUCCUCGAAGUAACUGGAAAUAGCUCAAAUAUACAGUUGAAAAGAGCCAACACUGAUUCCAAUAGAACUUCAAAUGGAAACCUUAAAGGACAUUGGUUGUGCAAGGAAGUAAUGGAUAUUGUUGUACCUGUAUUUUCACUUCAACUUUACUGCAAUCCAACGAUUUAUUGGCUGUCUCAACCAGCACUUUUUGUACUGUCUACGAUUGGACAGAAUGUAGUGUUAAUUGAUGAUCUCAAAAAGGAUGUCUUAUGGCUUCGACAGGUCUUUAUUUACGAAUUUGUUCUAUAUCCACGAUUUGAGGAUGAGGAAUUUGAUAAAGUCUUGAAAAAAUUAUUGGACAUGAAAAUUUUAAUUCAGUCAUCAGAAUCUUCAGUCAUUCUCAAUGAGAAAUCUCCGUAUAUAAAUCUAUUGUUGAGCGCAAUUUCUCCAUUCUUUAGCUGCUUCUAUAACACAUCAGAAAUCAUUUUAUCUAAAUUUAUUGGUAUGAAGUUUGUCGACAAGGAUAUUUUUAUAGCAGUACAAUCCACAUUGGAACAGGAAUUGUUAAAGGGAAACGGCACUAUUCAUCCAUAUUCCCUAUGCUUAGAAUCUAUGAAUACUAGUAUUUUGUCUCUGUGCAAUUCACAAUGCUUGUUCAAAGAAAAACAAAAUUGUGUCAAUCAAUACAGUAUUGACGAGGCGAACAUGUCAGCUUUAGUAAAUCGCUUGAGAUGCUUCAAUUCGAGAUGGAACUUUAACUACAAGUAUUUUGGCAACAUUAUAUUAUCUAAAAUUUAA